GGCGGGCCGGGCCGGGCGGGUGCUGUGGGCGGGCAGGGGCGGAGGGAAGCGCGGGCCGGGCGGGCUGAGAGGAGCUGAGAGGCCGCGUUAAAGCGGCCGCCUGCAGCCGCCCGCUCGGCUCCCGCUCCUCACCGACGGACGGUGCUGGCCGUCGCUGCUCGCCGUGGCGGUUUGCACGCCAAUGAGGGCCCGGACUCCGGCCCUCGCCGCCUCAGGAGCCGCCCGCAGCCUCCCGUCCCGACCCCCCUCCCACAGCCCGGCCGGGGCGGGCGGCCCGGACCCAUGCGGCGGCUCCAGGAGAAGUUCAGGAGGUUCAUGAACCACCCAGCUCCAGCAAACAGCCGCUACAAACCCACUUGCUAUGAACAUGCUGCUAACUGCUACACACAUGCAUUCCUCAUUGUUCCAGCCAUUGUGGGUAGUGCCCUUCUCCACAGACUGUCUGAUGAUCGCUGGGAAAAGAUAACAGCCUGGAUGUACGGCGUGGGGCUCUGCGCCCUCUUCAUUGUAUCCACAGUGUUUCAUAUCAUUUCUUGGAAAAAGAGUCACUUAAGGACAAUGGAGCAUUGCUUUCACAUGUGUGACAGGAUGAUGAUCUAUGUCUUUAUUGCAGCAUCAUAUGCACCAUGGUUAAAUCUCCGCGAGCUUGGGCCUCUUGCCUCUCACAUGCGUUGGUUUAUCUGGCUGAUGGCUGCUGGAGGAACCCUUUAUGUAUUUCUCUACCAUGAAAAGUACAAGAUCGUUGAACUCUUUUUCUACUUAGCAAUGGGAUUUUCUCCUGCUCUGGUAGUGACAUCCAUGAGCAACACCGAUGGACUUCAGGAGGUUGCCUGGGGAGGCUUGAUCUAUUGUCUGGGUGUGGUGUUCUUCAAGAGUGAUGGAGUCAUUCCAUUUGCCCAUGCCAUCUGGCACCUCUUCGUGGCCACAGCAGCUGCUGUGCAUUACUAUGCCAUUUGGAAGUACCUUUACAGAAGUCCUGCAGACAUCAUUCGUCACUUAUGAUGUACCCACAUAAAACAAUAAACUGCAGUUGGCCUCUGUAACAGUAUUAUUUGACUUAAGGCAUUCGGGGAAAUUGGAAAAUUGCACAGAAAAACUGCACUGACUUUGGGUAGUUCUCUGAACACAGUUACUGUGAACUGACUUUGGAUGUGUCCUGCAAUUGCCUGUGGUAUGGCAAGUGCUCUAAAUAGCCAAGAUACUGUACUGCAGUACCAAGAAUCCAUUCCAUAUUAGUAGAACUGGGUACCUGAUGUUUACAAAGAAAUUUUGUAUUCUAAUUUAAUUUUACAAUUUUUAACGAUGUGAAUUUUUCUAAAUUAGUGAUUCAAAUGGUGAAGUCAGUGCAAUAGUGAAAAUGUAACUCCUGAUUUGAAAUUGGUUUCUAUCAUCUUUCCACUUGUCAUUUAUUUAACAUGAAUCACAGACAUAAUAAUCUUUUACCACCCGUUAUCUUGGUAUAAUGUGACUUUUAUAGAAACUUUUUGUUUUUUGUAAACUUUAAAAGUACAUUUCGUGAACUGAAACACACAGCUGUCAUCUAUGCAGUUACUCAUGUUGCAAAACGUUGCAAGACAUGGUUACAUUCCACACACUGUGCUGGCAAGCAAACGUUGUACCUCUUCCAAAGCUUCUAUUACAGGUGUAAUUGUAAUAACCACUUUUAAAAACUAAAAUAUAAAUGUGAUUCUGCUGAGUUUUAACAUGCUAGUAUUCUGCUUCUCUAUAGUACCACUUAAGCAGCACCUUAAUUUGGCAUGAUGGAAAUGAAGUGCUUUAAAAGAAAUAAUUAAUGUGAUUUCCUCCUCAAGAUUCCCAAUUCUACAGCAGCAGUUUGGAUGCCAGCUGACUUCCCAAGGGUUGACAAUAUUAAGGAAGGUGAAUUCUAACAUCUCCCUACCCAAACCAGAUGGUCUUUAAGGUCCCUUCCAACCAAAACCAUCCUAUGAUUUCUCCAGAAUAAGUGUAUCAUAUUGAUGCUGUAAUGUUAGGGCCUGGAUUUUCAGAGGGAAUUUAAAUUGUCCAACAGAAUAAUUUCCCACCAACUUUGGUUGGUGGUUUCUGUUAGGAAGUCCAGGUGCAGAGCAAUUACUUCCUGCAUGGAAUUCAUGGCUCAGCCUUUUGGGGAGGAGAGCCUGAAAAUAGUGUCAGUUGUCAUUCUGGGACUGAACACAGAAUAAACCUGUAGUUGUGUUGCUGUCUUUCUGUACAGGAAACCAGAUGUGGUAGCAAGUCAUGAUUGUAGAACAUGUGCAUUAAGUGACCAGAUGUAGAGUCAUUGUAAUACUGUUUGUCCUAUUAUUAUAUCCUGUCCCACUAUAUAAUGAAUGUCUUAUAUUAAGAUUGACUUUAUCCUUUUUCUAAUUUACUCAUCUUUUCAUGUCAGUAUUCAAAACCAAAACGUGUUGCCUUUUUCAGAUUUUGUUCUGGAUAUUGCCUGUCUGCAAACAAUAAGUAGCAAGAUGGGGAAGUUUUUCAAGGUACCAUUUAAUAUUGCACCUAGAUUUGCCAGUGGGUUGCAUAUUUUAGAAUAUAUACUUUUGUAUAUGGAAUUUACAAGAGGGACAAACUUUAAAUUCAAGGCAUUGAAAAAGAAUUGCUGCAUGGUGUUAGCAGGUGGCUGGAGAAACAGCAGCACUACAGCUGACUGGUUAACUGCCCCAAAAGAGAAUAAAUGGCACAACAGGGCAGGUAAUUCCUAGUACAACAGUCUCACACAUCUGGAUGCCUCAGUUUUUUAACAUUGUGUCUAUUUUAAUAUUUUCCACUUUUUGUGAGUUCAUAUAUUUUGCUUAAAUGCAGUACUGUUAAAACCACUGAAAUACAUAUAAAGCUUUUCUGUAGUCAAAAGUGAAACUCUUGCUUGAAUAUGUUUGUUUUAAUUUUAAGUUAAUUUUUUCAUGGCAUUGCUUUUUGGAGUGUUUGCAGUGGUUUAUAAAAAAAUUUCAAUUCGCCAAAAAUAUUUUGAAUUACUGUAUUCUUGUCAAUAUGAUAUUGAAUGUACUAGACUAACAAUAAACAUUUUGUGCAAUUUGGA